UCUGACUGUCAAAUAAAUGGCAUGCAGCAGUGGUUGAAGUGAAUUAUUCAUUGUAGAGCAGUAUUUUUGAUCAUGAUCUACAUUAAGAGAUAACAUUUAAAUCAUGACCUAGGACACACAAUCAACUAUGUAAAAAAAACUUUGUUUAUGAGGUAUUAUGUGACUUUACUUGGUGCAGUCUCCUCUUAUAAUUUUAUAUUCUAGCCUAUUUUUUCACUUAAAAAUGCUUAUUGUGUCCUACUAAAUUGAUUGAACAUUCUCUAAUGAAUCAUAACCCACAGUUUGAAAAACACAGUUACAGAGAAUUUUUGCAUUCAGUAAGUGUUUAUUAAGCUGCUCGUGUGUAGAGUUACCCUUACUAGUGCCAAAGGUGGAAAACAGCAAAACUAAAAGAUUGAGGUUUUACAGUCUGGUGAAGUCAUGGGAUAUAUCUAUGAUUAAGGAGCAAGGCAAGAUGAUUAAAUGCCAGAAUGAAAAGUAAGUACCCUUAGAGUUCAGAGAAGGAGGUGAGCAGUCUGUACUGGAGUGGCCUGGAAAAACAUGUAGAAUAGGGAAAGAAGACUAGGAUGGACUGCUCGGGGUCUUUCAUGGUGUUGUGUAGGAGAGGAGGUUUAUCAGGAGCAAAGAUUUGGAACUAGGAGUGUGCACCGUGUGCUUGUGUAACAGUGAAGAACAGGAUUCCCAUUAGGGAGUAGGGAGAAAUCGGGUUGGAAAGGUGCAUUAGUGUCAAAUGGGUGGCCCAUGACUAUUUUAAGUCUGCAGGUGUGUUAUAGUUUGGAUGACACGAAGGUUUAAAAAAGAUUGGGAACAAUCCGAAAGCCUCUGAAGUUGGGGCUCUCUUAGAGAAUCAGAUCUCUAGAGCCUAGUGGUGCUGCCCUCUGUGGGCAGGAGACAGGCCUUGCAUUCUCCAGUUUGUUCUGCGGUUGGUCUUAGUCCCAGUACUCCCUGUUGCCUCAAACCAGUCACUUUGCAUUCCUUGCCUUGUCCGGAAGGCAGUUGGGUUUGUGACCUCAGUUUUCAAGAGACUUGAUGCCAAGCUAAGGAAUUUGGGAUCUCUGUCAUGAGCUCUGGUUGGCCAUUGGAGGAUGCAGGGUAGGAGUGUGACAUUAUGGAAUCUGAGAUACUGGCAUGCAGUGGGUUUGUUUUAGGGAAGUCACCAACACUUUAUGAGGAGCUGCUGGCUGGAAUUUUGAAAUAUUUUUAUGAUGAUUGUAAUGGUGUUAAUUAGCGAGGGCUUUGACCUGCAAAUUUUCAGUGACCCUAGGAUCUCUCAAGCCCUCCCGCUUUCCGCUUCUGGCUGGUGUGGUUAGGUAGUGGCUCCUGGCACGUAUCCUCUGCGUACCAUGUCUGGGUGAUAACUUGGCGAGAUGUGAGUCAUGACCGUCAAGUGCUGUAUGACUAGAUCUCAGGAGCUUUGGUUCUGUGAGCCAGUAGUAAAGGAAGAGCAAGAAGAGGAGAUAGUCUGUGGCAUUUCUUCUCUUCUUUACCCUCAGGAUGCCCCAGGGGUAGGCCUCCAGGAUCCAGAGAAAUUCAUGCUGACCACAGAGUAACUGAUUCAAGCCCAGGUGUUAAUCCAAAUGACCCUAAGAAAACGUGGCUGAUUUUGGAAACAGCUGAAGUGAAUACAUUCGUGUCUCUGUGGGCUAGAAACAGUCUGGUUUACUCUGGAGAGUCCAUAACCACCUGUGAUUCAGUGUGUCUCGGGAGCUACAGGUCCCGUGCCACCUAUCCAGGGGACUUUGGCCUCUAUGUCCAUAGUAGUUGCAUGAAGGAGGAGAAUCACAGGAAGGAUAAGCAGCAGAUUGUGGACUCUGAAUGAUAACACGUAAAGGACUCUGUGUCCCCUUUACCUUCCUGGGAAAGGCAACAUCAUGGCCAGCGUGCUGUCCCGGCGCCUUGGUAAGCGGUCCCUCUUGGGAGCCCGGGUGUUGGGACCCAGUGCUUCAGAUGGACCGUCAGGGCCUCCCCAGCCCUUGGAAUCUCAAGGGGAGCUGCUGGAGGGGGCUGUUCCACAGCCCUUCCUCACUUAUAAGGACAGUUCCUGCCUGGAACAGCCCAAGGACGUCCUCAAGGCUCUCGGCACCUCAGGCCUCCAGCAGGUGGCUUUUCAGCCCGGGCAGAAGGUUUAUGUGUGGUAUGGAGGCCAAGAGUGCCCAGGUCUGGUGGAGCAGCACAGCCGGGCAGAGGAUAAGAUGACUGUCUGGCUGCUGGACCAGAAAUUACAAAUCUGCUGCAGGGCAGAGGAGGUGUGGCUCGCCGACCUGCAGGGCCCUGUUUCCCAGGCACUGUCCACGGAGCAGGAUGGCCAGGCAGCCUACAGGCCCGUCUCCAGGAACAUUGACGUCCCAAAGAGGAAGUCGGAUGCAGUGGAAAUGGAUGAGAUGAUGGCGGCCAUGGUCCUGACGUCCCUGUCCUGCAGCCCCAUCGUGCAGAGUCCUCCUGCUGCCGAGACCACCUUCUCUGCUUCCCGCACAGCCUGCGACCUGUGGAAGGAGAGCGGUGACGUGUCUGACAGUGGCAGCAGCACCACCAGCGGGCACUGGAGUGGGAGCAGUGGCAUUUCUACCCCCUCGCCUCCCCACCCCCAGGCCAGCCCCAAGUAUCUGGGGGAUGCCUUUGGUUCCCCCCAAACGGAUCAUGGAUUUGAAACAGAUCCGGACCCUUUCCUACUAGAUGAACCAGCUCCACGCAAGAGAAAGAACUCUGUGAAGGUGAUGUACAAGUGCCUGUGGCCAAGCUGUGGCAAAGUUCUGCGCUCAAUUGUGGGCAUCAAACGACACGUCAAAGCCCUCCACCUGGGGGACACUGUAGACUCUGAUCAGUUCAAGCGGGAGGAGGACUUCUACUACACAGAGGUGCAGAUGAAGGAAGAAUCUGCAGCUGCUGGCACCCCUGCCCCUGGGAUCCCCACUGCUGAACCAGCUCCCACCCCCGGCGUCGCCAGCCCACCCCUUGCCAUUCUGCCAUCACCUCCUCCCAAAGCCCAGGCCUCAGGCUCAGAACACCCUGGCUUGGAGUCUUACCUGCCCUCUGGUGCUCUCAGCAAGUCAGCUCCUGGUUCCUUCUGGCACAUCCAGGCUGACCAUGCAUACCAGCAGGCUCUGCCGUCCUUUCAGAUCCCCGUCUCUCCGCACAUCUACACCAGUAUUAGCUGGGCUGCCACCUCCUCCACGGCAUCCUCCCUCUCUCCGGUGCGGAGCCGGUCGCUAAGCUUCAGUGAGCCCCAGCAGCCGCCACCUGCAAUGAAAUCUCACCUGAUUGUCACGUCUCCACCCCGGGCCCAGAGCAGUGCCAGGAAAGCUCGUGGGGAAGCUAAGAAGUGCCGCAAGGUAUACGGCAUCGAGCACAGGGACCAGUGGUGCACUGCCUGCCGGUGGAAGAAGGCCUGCCAGCGAUUCCUGGAUUGAACCUGUCCGACUGGCCCAUCCGCCUUCUUUCUGGCCCUGACCAGCAGCCAGAUGACAAAAGGCAGACACCCUCAAGCCCUCAGCAGAAACCUAAAAGAUAAAAGUGAAAAUUUGGAGUUGGGGCUCUAUUGGCUAACGUUUAACUCUUAAAACAUUUUUUUCCCCGUGUGGGAACAUUUUAUUUUUAAGGAAAGAAACAAAAAUAUUUCUUCCCCAAAAUAGGAGUGCGCCAAAACUGACCAAGGGUAUUUUACAGUGAUCCAGCGACCAAAGAAUUAAUUACUGUUCCUUUCCCAUGUAUCAUUUCUCUAGGGGAUUAGUUUGUACCUAUCAAAAGAAAGAACAGCUCAUUCUGUUUCCUGCUGAGUUGGUGAAUUCUUUGCUUUCUCAGCUCUUCCAGAAGGGACUGUGAGCAAAAUGAAUUUACUUUUCUUGGGAAAAAAAAAGUUUCUGGCAGAUCUCUCAGAGAGCAGGGUCUGUCACGGAUGGGGGUGGGAAGUGUGAGUGGGAAGAGUGGGUGUCUGUGCACUUUUCAAGGUGCCGUCUCCUCUUCUCCAUCUGAAUCUGGGAGAAAGGAGAACUUGUCCUCACCAAGCAACUUCCAUGGAAGUAAAAGGAAAACUCUUUCUUGGUGACAACUAUUUGAAUCUGGGUUCCCUCACCUGUUGGGUUUCAUCCCAAGAAAUACUAUUUGGCUUCUUCUCAAAGCCCAAUUGCCCAGACUAAUAGAUUUUUAAAGAUUGUCCCAAAUUAGCUGAGAAAAGGCUAAUAAUAAUUCACUUUCAGAAAUGUGGCAAACACUACCUUAAUCAUUCUUUCUUAUUUCUUUGAGGAAAUUACUAGAGGGUUUUAGUAUCUGUGAAACUCUCUCCUGUUACCUGAAUAAACUCCCUCUUGAUGUUUCCUCCCUCCAAUUAUGGAAAUGACACCUUUAAAACACUUUUUCUUUCUUUCAUUUUUUUUGUUUUCCUUAAGCCUUUCUCUUAUUAAAGGUUUCUCUUAUUUGGGUGACCUGAGAGACCCUGGUAGAUUUCUUCUUUGUCUCCCAUCUGCACCAGGGAUGUUUCCCAUUUCCCUCCCAAAGCUGCAGGUGGUGUGGCUGUGGAGGAAGGAGAGAGAAGGGAAUAGAUAGAAAGGUAAAUAAAUGGCAGUCUGCCCCCCAUCCCCUGAUGGAGAAGGAGUUGACAGGUCCCUGAUUGUUCCAUUGGCUAACCUGCCCUUUUGGAAAUGAUCUGAUCUUCUUCCUUAGGUGAGGAGUCUAGGAUGUGUCAGUUAAGUUUAUAUCUUCCUAAGGUGACUUCUUGAAGGGCAAUAUUACUUUGGAUAUGGAAACCACAGGAGGGUUCUGGAUUCUUUUCCGGUGUUGGUCCAAAUUGUCUGAUGUAGAGAGUCAGUUUGUUGCAUUGAAAUCAUGUGAGGAAGACAUGGGUUGAAUUAACAGCCACUGGAUUUUAGGCCCUUGGUGUUUCUGGAGACCACAGGAAUUUAGGGAGACCAGGCUACAUUGCUCGUGAGAUAAAUAAGCAAAUAUGUUGUUGAGAAGGACAAAGAUUUAAGGAGUUUGUUGGCAUGCCAAAUAAUGAUUACCACGGGCUAGGCAAGAAUGACACUUUGAGUAGGGCACUUUUGGCUUUGGAGCCUCAUCUUUCUUCUAAUUGUGGCUUGUUUGGGAAUUCUUCAGAGUCUGCUUGAUCAUGGCUAUCAGUGGCCAGCUGUCUUGGUGGGACUCCUGGACCUGCAUCCAGAUGUCAGGGGCUCAGGGAAUCCCACAAAGCCACCUCUCCUGGGACUGAUCAGCAGAGUCUACUCCUUGUUCCAAAGGCUAUCCUCUUAGUCCCUGGUGAGAAUUCCUGACUACUGAAUCUCCUUUGGCCAUCUCCACGUGGGAAAUAUAGCAUUUCAAUCCAAGACACAUUUAGGGUUAAAAAACCUGCAAACCUAAGAAUAGGGGUGUGUUGUAAAGGAAGGUAGUGACCUGGGUUUGAUGACAGAAGGGAAAAACACACUUAUGCAUGAGUGUCUUUGGGAGUGAUGGAGUAUAUUUUUAAAACUUGGUAAAAAAAAAAAAAUGUUUGGAAUUCUGUCUCUUGGUGAAACUCAAAACCAGGCCAGCAAGAGGCAA